GAACUCGUGUCUCUGACCGUCAUUUACUGUAAUCAUUGACGUGAAGCUUUGAAGAGCUUAUCUUUCUCAUUCGUCGAUCGUUACAUAUUUUGUAAGACUUUCUCAGACUGUGACUGGGAAGGGAGCUUUCUGCACCACCACAAACUUGCUUUAUCUAGUAUCACGACAUCUCAUGAGAUUCUGAGAACACAUCACACUCAUCAAGGGUCUCCAAAGAUAUAUCUAACGCUGUCAGGAACUGUACUCACCAGUGCGGUCUGUAGAACACCCCCUCGCUCCUUUGUAUCGUAAACCGCCCCCUGGGUCUAUCUGCUUAAGCCCGAGAUGCCUUUCGGAACGGUCACGUUGAACGAUGGCAACAAGAUGCCUACCAUUGCAUUUGGUACUGGCUCCAAAUGGAAGGGUCACGACGUGACAGCCUAUGUAGAGCAGGCUAUCGAGCUAGGGUUUUCCCACAUUGAUACGGCUCAAUUCUACAGAACGGAGCGUUUUGUUGGUGACGCCAUUCGCGAGAGUGGACUCGACCGAUCCGAUCUUUUCAUCACAACAAAGUACUCUGGUAUCGGAACCGCUCAACAAGCUAUCAACAAGAGUCUGGCCAACCUCGGCUUGAAACAAGUAGACCUUUAUCUGAUCCAUAGUCCUCGCAUCGUCCCGCCUGGAACUUGGCAGAAACUAGAGAGGAUACAGGAAUCCGGGCUGGCAAAGAGCAUAGGCGUUAGCAACUACACUCUCGAUCUUUUGCAGGCCCUGGUCAAAGAUUCCAAAGUCGUCCCAGCCGUUAACCAGAUAUUGUUCCACCCUUACAACUACGAGGAGAACAAGGAAUUGCUGGAGUGGUCUGCCAAACAUGGCAUAGUCACCGAAGCUUAUAGCAGUUUAGCUCCAAUUACACGGUUCCCAGGCGGGCCAGUUGACAAGCCCGUCAAUGCAGCUGCGAAACGGCUAGGCGCAACACCUACACAAGUCAUAUUGACAUGGGUGCGAAGCAAAGGUGUUGUGAUUGUCACCACAAGUUCACGCAAAGACCACAUGCAAGAAUACCUGGACGUUGCAGAACUCCCCUCAUUGACUGACGAGGAAAUUGCCGCUAUCGACGAAGCUGGAGCCAAAGGUGUUUCCAAGUCGGUUUUGAUCACCCGUUUCCUACCCAACACACCGACUUGGUUAUGGAUCCGUACUGUUGCUCUCUUCUCCAUCAACCUCGCACUCGUAUAUGCCAUCGCGUACCCUCUGUACGUUUUGUAUAAUUCUCUGGCUUAGUGCUGUGUCCAGGAAUCAGGAUUCAAUGUUGGGCGUCAUGGGAUUCAAUUGUUUGAUUCACAAUGGACCCUAACGCGAGAUGUACGUUGCCAUAAGAUGGUUGUAGAUAUUAGAUGGUUGUUCUAGAGAUAUCAUGUUCAAUUUUAUUAUGGAAGAUGUCUUUCCGUCGUUCAAUCU